UUGAAGCUUUGGAUGGCUCCAACUAUGAGGAAUGGAGCGGGCGGAUGAGGAGUGCCUUCAAACGCUACAAGCUACUGAAGAUUGCUGUUGGGGAAGAGAAGAUGCCGGAAGAAGGCGAACCAC